GCCACAGUCUUCGGCUUGUUCUGCAGGAGCUUGGCCGUCUCCAACCAUUUGGGUGAGCAGUGCUUGGAGGCAUGCGGGAAUUUCACCGGAUGGUGCAGCUGGUGUGGAGUGGGGAAGGCCUGUUGUGGACCAAAGCAUGGCCCGGCUGGUGAGGAGUGCUUGGAGCACGAUAAUUUCUUCGACGGCCACCAGUGCAUAUCUCCUGCAGCGCAGGCACUCAAGACCCUCGGCGUGGUGUCUUUUACCUUUGAUCUGCACGGGCUCUUCUUUGCUGCAGUUCAAGCGAAGGAAUCUCUCAAGCAGGACCUCAUCCUGCGCUGCAAGGAAGCCACGUCCAAAAUCAUGCUCAACACAGCGAAGCCACAUCAAAUGGCAGUGGGGAUUAGCAGAGGUGCUAAAGGCUUCGUCCGCGUCCAGAUGACAAUCAUGAUUCCCGAUGGCGGCAAAGCAGUGGUGGCCUUCGCAGAGAACAGGCUUUGCAGCAUGCCGUCGGUCGCAAAAUUCAAGGCGGAUGCUCAGAACCUGGAUGGCGUCAAAUUUGGUGAGGAAGGUGGCUUCGUGGAAAUUAUGAUUACCAACCGGAAAGUCAGGGACGGCCAAGACUGUCCAAGCGAUCCUGCGUCACUGUCCUUGCGGCGGCGUGGUCUGCAGGGAAAGGCGCAGGCAUGGCUUCCGUGGCUGGCCAUGGGUUUGUUUGGAGGAUCAUGCCUCACUUGUGCGCUGUUGAGCUUGUGCAACGAUCACUGCAAACAGAAGCCGGUCCGUGUGUAA